CUGCGCUCUACUUUCUCUUACACUGACUGGCACCUGCUAAACAUGGGGAAACCAACUAACUUAGACGUCCCUGGAGGGAAAGCCUAUCGCGACGACACCGAAGCGCUGUCCCUUCACACCACCCCCGACGAUUACGACUACGACGACGUGCCUGAUACUCAAGGCUUGCUGCCUCCAUCGUACCAUGAGAGCCAGGGCGAGAGCUCCAGCGCUUCAGGUUUCGCUCCUGAUUCCGUUGCACACGAUCAACACGUUUUACCAACGAAUGGAAGGAUCAAUCACAACAAAGAUGUUACCAUGAAGAAUGGCGAUCCUCAAGUGUGUGAGGAGGUGGUAGUGAUGGAUCCACAGUAUGACCACGAUCCAGCAUAUCUGGAGAAGGGAAUCCGCGAUUUCGCCCAAAGCCCACCCAACCCUCUGAUCUACAUCAUGGGUACGCACCAGGAGACUAUAAGACAUCGCCAGAACGAUAAACGUGAGAGGAAGACAAUCACUGAUUUCAGAAUCGCUAUACCUCUCCGACAGUAUCUCCUCACACCUGGCGAUACAUCCCGAAUGAGGCUGCUCGUGGCACAGAACGGAGAGAAAACACAUCGUGGCACCGUCUUCAAAACACGAGCGCCGGGUGCGAAGCAGGACAUAGAGGUCGGCACGCCCGCACCAACACUCAAGGAGUGGUGCCACCGAUACUGCGCAUCGUCGCGCAUGUUGCGAAUCUUCCGUCUGCAGCGGCCCGUUACUGGGUUAGAUACAGCCCUGCUGCGCGACCGCAUUGAAGGCAUGAUCCGCGCUACCAACUACCGCGGCUACAUCAGCGUCACUUUCCCCAUCGAAGAAAAGAACAUUGAUAUAUACACCACCAACCGCGUUAACGAAUUGCGCAACACAACGUGGGUGCGCUGGGUAUUCUACCUCACUUUCCUGUGGAUCUUCUCCUGGCCCGCUCUCUACUUUGGCACGAAACGCUACGCUAUCGUCCGCGCGGAAUGGCCCUUCUCCACUACCGAUGCGGCUGGCAACAAGCAAUAUACCAGCAUGAGCGAGGAGCAGUGGUGGAACAAAUGGCAGGUCGCUAUCCGCCGUCUUGUCCUCGGGCAAUACGAAGGCGAGGCUAGCUAUGAUGUUUUGGCCGGUGUUGCUGCUCGUCCUGAAGACCCCCCGAUCCCGGGGACCAUGAACACGGGGCUGGAGGGUCUGGAUCAGGCUGCUAAUAUGCUAAAUCAAGGGUUCCGAUUUGCUAGGGCGCUUCAGACUGGGGAGAGCUUGGGGAGGGGGUUGCAAGGCGGGUGGGGGUAUGAUACAUAA